CAUUCUGGGAGUUGAAGUCCACGAGUCAUUAAAAGAGCCAAGGUUGCCUACCCCUGGAUUAGAUCAUCUUUAUUGUCAUUUUCCCCUGCGGGCACAACGGCCCACGCGAAUUAAAAAUGAAAUUGAGUGGCUCCCUCUCAAAAGGGCACACAUACGUUCACACACAUUUCAAACAUGCGAUACACAACCUAGGUACGGAUCUACACCCUCACGUAUAAAUGAACAGAUUAACCAGGAUUGCGGCUUCCUUCCCCGCGCGCCGGAAGACUCUCCAGCUUCCCCCACCCUCACCCCCGCCCAGCCGCGCCCAGCUGAGCCGAGUGUCUCGUUUGGGAAGCGGCGGGGCCGAGCGCAGCCGGCCCGGCCGGGCCCGGCCCGCCCCGCGGGAGAUUUAAACGCCCUCGGCGGAGCGCGCGCGCGAGCGAUGGCUACUUUGCUAGACGAGGCCAUGGAGAGCUACGCUUACCCCUCGUACAACCCCUACUCCUACCGCUACCAGCCGCCGAAGGGCAAAGGCGGGCAGGGCGCCUGGCGGCCGCGGAGCAGCUACCUAUCCAGCUACAGCGAAGCGGUGGCGGCGGCGGCGGCGGCCGAGUACUUCGACAACUACCAGCGGGCGCAGCUGAAGGCCAUCCUGUCCCAGGUCAACCCCAACCUGACGCCGCGGUUGCGCAAGGCCAACACCAAGGAGGUGGGCGUCCAGGUCAACCCGCGCCAGGACGCCUCGGUGCAGUGCUCGCUCGGGCCGCGCCCGCUGCUCUUUCGCUCCCGGGCCCGCGGAGGAGGAGGAGGAGGCGGAGGAGGCGAGCAGGAACAAGGCUGCCCGGUCAGCGGCGCCCCGCGCUCCGUGCGCUUCCCCCGCACCAUCGCCGUCUACUCGCCGGUGGCCUCCCGCCGCCUCACCACCUUCCUGGAGGAAGCCGAGCGCCGGGAGCCGUCGACGCUCGCCGCCGGUCCGCCCCCGGGCAUCGAAGGGGACGCCGUUGCCGCCGCCCGCGCCGUCUGGCCCAAAGGCGAGGAGGAGAGCGGCGCCGAGUCCCAGGAGCGCAAGAAGAAGUCGGCCUCGGUCCCCGACGGGGCGGGAAGCUCGCCGACGAAAGGCCAGGCCGAGAAGGAGUGGAAAGGCGAAGGCGGGAAGGCCGUCGCUGUCCCCAUUACCACCCCGCCACUGGCUCGGGAGGAGGCCGAGCCGAGCAAGGCCCGCGUGCGCUUCCAGUUCCUAGAGCAGAAGUAUGGCUAUUACCACUGCAAGGACUGCAAUAUUCGAUGGGAGAGUGCCUAUGUCUGGUGUGUACAGGGCACAAACAAGGUUUACUUUAGGCAGUUCUGUCGAACUUGCCAGAAGUCUUACAACCCGUACCGUGUGGAGGAUAUUACCUGCCAAAACUGCAAGCAGACCAGAUGUUCCUGCCCAGUGAAACUGCGCCACGUGGAUCCCAAGAGACCUCAUCGUCAAGAUCUUUGUGGAAGAUGCAAAGGCAAACGGCUUUCUUGUGAUAGUACCUUUAGCUUCAAAUAUAUUAUUUAAGGGAGGACACAGAGAAGAAUCCUCCGCUGUCAAAUUGUACCGAGCAGAAAUUUUGUUUGGAAGUGGGAGGCUGCCAGAGUGGGAAGCCUGCUAAGCUGAAAGGAAGCAACUGUAAAUCAGGAUGGAACCGUCUACCUCAUUUGUUAUAAUUGCAUUAAGGAGCAGGGGAAUCUGGCUCGGUGCAAUUUUAUUUUGGUAUGGAAGAAGUUCAGUCUUUGUUGUUAUUUGGGAAGGAAAUAGUCGUCUUAAUUCCUUCAUAGGAGAAGCUGCUCUAGAGGGGAAUGCACUGUGAGUCAACCUCAGCCAAAAUACGCAACUGUUAACGGUAAUAUUUCACAGUGACAAUUGCCAAUGCAGGCAAGCAAAGCUUACUGGAAAAUGUUUUAGUUGUGAUAACACAUUGUUGAAAGAACUCAAGUAGGAUGGAAGAAGCAAGCACAAGUUGCCAGAAUUCAGUUGUACUGCAGCACUGUGUUGUCUCCCAGCUGUGUCCAGCUGAGUAAAAUGACAUAAUUGUUUGGGGUGCCAGGUUCAUAGGCAUUAUUGUGGAGAUGGGUCAAUUCAAUGGGAACAUGAUCUCAGCAGCACACCUAUGAAAGGAAUUAUUUUGUUGGUCAAUCAUGAUGCAUUUAAUAGAUGAUGCCUCAUCUGAAGUUUUGAAACAACUAAGACUUCCCUUGCCCAGAAUCAGUAUGGUAAUUUCAUUAUUUUCCUGAGUACAGAUCUCUAAUAAAGUGACCAUGAUUAUAA